AUGGAGACUCCUCUUGAGAAGGCCCUGACCACCAUGGUUACCACUUUCCACAAAUAUUCAGGAAGGGAGGGCAGCAAAUUGACCCUGAGCAGGAAAGAAUUGAAAGAGUUGAUCAAGAAGGAGCUAUGCUUGGGAGAGGUGAGUGAGAGCGGCAUCGAUGAACUGAUGAAAAGCCUGGACCGGAACAGUGACCAGGAGAUUGACUUCAAGGAGUAUUCUGUAUUCCUGACCACACUGUGUAUGGCCUACAAUGACUUCUUCUUGGAAGAAAAUAAAUAA